AUGCCUAUGCUGACCUCCUUGGAGCUGUCAGACAUCUCAUUAGAUGAAUUUAUGGACUUUGUCGAGACUGUCCAAUCCCCAGUAAACCCCCCAUUAUUCCCUCUGGUAGAAAUGCUCGUGAUUGCUCUACCGCCGGAGUUUAAUUUUACGGUCCACUUCUUUCGUGCAUUCCCUUCGCUGCGUCAUCUCAAGCUCCUAGACACCCAUUCGACUCCAUUUCUCGUGCUGCUUGCUACAUUAAUGCAGGCGCAGCUUGGACAGAACCCUAACUCCUUGACGCAAUUGCCAUGCUGGGAUGAUCUGCGCACAAUCACGCUGACGAUGCUGGAUAAUGUGGACCAGUACACCAGUACAUUCUGCUUCGUGUUAUUCGCUUUCGCUCGAUGA